CUACAAGCCACAACGAAAUGGACUCAGAAGCUUGUCCCAGCGUUUCUUGACAACAGAACAGUGAUAAUUUUGCUUCAAUGCAAUCAGAAUGAGAGCCAGUCAGGUUCACAAGACAGCUCUGCUUUGCAGAAAUAAACUUGUUGUGAAGGAAAACAAACAGAAAAGGGUGACCCCAUCAGUUUUCACCCAGGAGAUGCUGCAGUCCACAGACGAGCGUCUCAGUAAUACCAUUGAGGUGCACCCGCCUCACAUCCUGGAGCAGCGCCACAUGAGCAACACCGCGCAUCACAAAUUGUCGUCUGUACAAAGGGACCAGCCACUUUUUCAGCCUUACCCAUCUGAGCUGAUCUUCCAGAACUUUCCUUCCCUCACAGACCUACAAGUUACUUUGCUUCUUCUCAACAAUGACAAGGUGCGUUAAUGAUACAAGUUGAAACUUGAACAGCAGGAUUCAGAGCAGUUUCAUGUGGGUGGUCCAGAGGAGGCUGUUAGCAAGGUUGCACCUGGAAUGUUUACCACUUUUACAGUAAUUUUCACACCACAGGAGAACAAGGACUACAACCAUAGACUGGUUUGUGUGACAGAGAGAGAGGCGUUUGAUCCAAUUCAUGCCAUUGGACCACGCGCCAUUUUGACUCUUCGGGAUGAGAUUUUUCUACCCCUCUGUGCUGUGAAAUCUUCCACAAGAAAACUCACCCUUGUCCGAAACAUAGGGAAAAGCAAAGCCAAGUUCAAGUUACAUACAAAGAGGCCUUCUUUCUCUGUGACCCCAUCCUCUGGGACCCUUGACGUGGGUGAGAGCAUGCAAGUGACUGUGGAUUUCCAACCAAUGAGUAUAGGAGACCAUCAGCAAGACCUGGUUUUGCACCAUCAUACCGGUGAUGAUGUGUAUAUCAGCUUGUAUGGAUCUAGUGAAGAACUCAACAUCCAUCUUGAACCUGACUAUAUGUUGCUGAAGAAGACUUAUGUCACACUGGCCAAUGUUCAUAUUGUCUCCCUCACCAAUAGAAGUGAUAUUCCUCUUAAGUACUGUUGGACAGUAUGGCCUAGCCAGCAAGAAGAGGAUCAGAGCUUAUUGAGAGAGAGCUCAGUUAUCCAGCAGGGGGAGGAGGAGCAGAAGAAGGGGCAGUGGCGUUUUCAAUGUGAGCAUGACCCCACAGUGAUCCAUUACCCCCCACUGCUGUCCAGAUCCCAGCAGGAGUGCAAGCCAUCAAAAGACUACCUCUCACUCAGCUCCAUAACUUUGGAGCCAGAGGAGGGUGAGAUAUGGCCAAACACCACAGCUAAGUUCCAGCAUCGUUUUAAGCCUGAUGAGGCUAACUUUACGCAAUAUAAUAUAUACUGUGAUGUCACAGGCCGUGAGUCGAGGUUACCUCUCACAAUCAAGGGUGAAGGCCUGGGACCUCAACUAGAGCUCAACUAUCAACUAAUGGACAUGAAAAAUGUUUUUAUAGGUGACAAAGAUAUUUAUGAGGUGCAGAUGUCGAACAAAGGCCUGAUUGAUGCCCCUUUCAGGUUUUCAAGCCCUGACACCACAUUUGGCCACUGUUUCUCCUUCAGUCCUGAGGAAGGUGUUGUUCCCCCUGGGGGCUGCCAGAUUGUGGAAGUCACCUUUCACAGUUGUAUUUUAGGAACUUUCUCUGAGGACUUGCUACUAACUGUCACAGGACAGCCUCAACCCCUUACCUUGACCUUCAGGGGGUGUGUUAUUGGUCCCACAUUCCACUUCAAUGUCUGUGGACUUGAUUUUGGAGAUGUAGCCUUUGGUUUCUCAUCUACAUCGAUUUGUACCCUCUUUAACACAUCCUAUGUGCCUAUGACUUUUGCUCUGCGUAUCCUUGGUGAUGGGCUGGGGUCUCCGAGUGUUAGCAGUGCGGAACAGGUGUCUGAUUUGUCACGGAAGAACUGGCAAGGGCAUGCUUUUCGAGACCUGCACACACGGCCUGUGGAGUUCACUAUCAGUCCGGCUGUUGGUUCUGUGCGUGCAAUGUCUGAUGAGACAAUUAAGGUGACACUUUGUUCCAACACAGUUGGGAGAUACAGGUUGGCAAUGGUGGUGGAUGUUGAAGGUGUUGGAGAGGAAAUUAUGACUCUGCCUAUCAAUGCCAGAUGUGUUGUACCGAAGAUUAUGGUGGAGCCUCCAGUUCUAAACUUCCAAAGGUGUUUCCUUGGUCACACCUAUGAACAUCAAGUGCUCCUGACCAACCCCAGCAAUCUGCCUGCCUGCUAUGGCUUGCUUGCUGAGGAAAGUGAGCAGAGUCCAUCACUGGUUUUUGGGAGUUCUGUGCCCAGAGGAGUUCUUCUUCCAGGAAGUUCAGUGGAGCUUCCUGUGUCUUUGGUGGCUAAUGCUGUUGGGAGGCUCCAACACAAUCUACAUAUUGCAGUAUUUGGCAGCCCUCAGCAACCCUUGGAGGUGAUCCUGUCAUGCUUUGGGCAGGGGCCUGUAGUUCAUGUUCAGAACACACAACUGAACUUUGGCCAAAUUCCAGUUUUGAUGGACAUUUCUAGAGCCCUGCACCUGAUCAACCAAUCACCCAUUCCAGCCCACUUUACCACAUGCAUGGUACAAACAUCAACACUUACACAACACCAAACCCCUAUCACAACUAAAGGCCCAUUUAUGAUCCCUUAUGUGCACUCCACCCACUCCUUUACGGUGAUCACCCAUAUAUCGACCCACUCCCAGUUCAUGUUGCAUCAGCUCUCUUGUCUUGAGAAAAGCCAUAGACGUUCUUCUUGGCGAGUUGAGCCCAGAGAGGGAAAAAUACCACCAGAGAGCCAGCUGGAGCUAAAGGUGGUGGCUCGCCUCAAGGACACACUUCACUUCCAGGACGAGCUGGCAGUAUCCAUACAGGACAGUCAAACACACACUGUUUCUCUGUCAGCCAUAGGCACUGGCACAACAAUUGUCAGUGAUAGGCCUUUUGGGCCCAGCCUUGACUUAGGCACACACUUCAGCCACAGUUCAUGCCAUUACUGCUUCAGACUGACCAACCAUGGCAAACGGAUACACCGGUUAUACUGGAAGAUUGAUGGCUUUCUGUCCUCCACAACAAAACGUAAAGGGGGCAGCUUGUCUGGAAGAACCGUUCUACCCCCCAUUUCCACUUCCAGGCAAAAAGAUAUUUUAAGGCGUGGAUCUUUACCCCCCUCCAGCAGAGAGAAGCCUGUGUUCUCCCUAAGUCCAUCUCGGGCCGAGCUUCCACCAGGCUCAUCUGUUGACAUGGUGCUGACAGUAUCUUCUGACUCUCCUGAGGUUGUACAUGAGCAUCUUGUGUGCCAUGGCAUUAUUGGCCCCCAGGGUUGCCAAGAGACCAUCAUGUCAGUAGAUGUGACUUGUCGGUUUGUGACUCCAGUGCUCAGUAUUUCCUCAAAGCAGCUAAACUUCUACAUAGAGAAGGUCAAAGGGGAGAGUCUGCUGCCCCAAUAUGAGAAGUUGAUAUUAAAGAAUGAGUCAUCUCUGUCUUUAUCCAUGGAGCUGUCUCUUGUGGAGCCUUUCUUUGUGUGUGAGGCCCCUGGUGACCACAGCUCAGCCACAACUAAGUCUAUUGUUUUAGGUGACAGAAUGAAGGCUGAGUUGUGGGUUUGCUUUGAUGCAGCGUUCUAUCAGGAUCGGGUGUCACGAAUUGUGGAUGAGCCUCUUGAAAUCCGUUACUUGGGACACACACAAAAAGACCUUGUGGAGCUGCAUGCUGAGGUCUACUACCCAAACCUCCACUUCUCCUCCUCCAUGGUGAACUUUGGCUGUGUGUCCAACAACACAGAGACUCAGAAAGUUAUCACAAUCACCAACUGCUCCCCGCUGCCUGUGUUCUACCGUUGGUCUUUUCUGGUCGACCACAAACACACUGAUAUCAGAGACACAACGAUUGUAGAAAUAGAGAAGGACCAGAUGAAUCUGGAGAGUCACACUAAAGAAUGGGCACGUCCCUCCUCAGCGCUCUCUCCUGCCUUUUCACUUCCUCCCAGCCUGAGGUCCAAUGCAAAUGAGCAAAGCUGCUUGCCAUCCCUGGUGCAUAUGGAGGAGGUAUUUGAUAUCUGGCCAAUAUACGGUCUUCUACAACCAGGUGACCAGCAGCUCGUCACAUUCUUGUUCUUCGGUCAUGAAAAUGUCAGCAGAGAGGUGGUCGCACAAUGCUACGUGGAAGAAGGCCCUUUAUAUGAAAUCAAGCUGAAAGGGGAAGCUUCAGUAAUCAGUUAUAGCCUUGAAUCAACCCAUCUUGACUUCGGACUGCAGCUUUUUUAUAGUGUAAAAGAAGUUGCGGUAACUCUGAGAAACACUGGCAAGGUGGGCUUCAAAUUCAGCAUUUUAUACCCUCAAAGAGAGGAGGAGAAGCUUGGGGAAGAAGAAGGGGUACAGAUCAUGGCCUUGGAAAAGAAUGGACAGCUUCCAGAUGCACAGCAACAGGGAGUCAAUGAAAAACAUGAGGAGGGACAGAAUAUCAGACCUGGAUGGCCCAUGGUAAUCCCAGCUGUGGGUUACAUUGAUGCUGGUUCAGAGCAAUGUCUGCGUGUACUUUACCUGCCGGGUAUCCCUGAGGUGUUUGAGAAGCACUUCCAACUGCAGGUGGCUUUCCUACCAGUGCAGGAGAUCACACUGGCUGGGGUGGGAGUGUUCCCAAGAAUCAGCCUGAAUUUGCCACGAGACUUGGCAGAAGAUUGCCACAGUGAUAUGGUUCAACAGGCCAAAGCAGCUGUGGAGGCAGAUAGAGUCAAAGAGGAGCUUAUGGACGAUAUCACUAUUGAUGGACGGACAACAGAGGCUACCUGCUUACUCACGUAUGCAGAGUUGCUUCACAUGGAGAUUGAGAGACUGUUGGUCAAAGAAAAUGCACUUGCUGUGUCUGGUAGCCUGCUGGAACAAAGUGACUCACAGUGGCACAAACUAAGCAAGUUUGAGCUCCCAGAGUAUGUUUUGGAUUUUGGUUUUGUCAUUCCUGGCAAAGUUAGCAGUAAGACUGUAAAUGUCAUCAAUAGUGGAUCAAUACCUGUGUCCUUCCAUGCCAACUGCAAACAUCUAGUGGGCACAGGUUUCACAGUGGAAUUGGAAAAAGUGAAGAACCUGCCAUGUGGUGAGACUCAGCCUUUGUUAAUUAAAUUUGAUCCUCGAGGAGACAACCUGAAGAUGGGGGACACAAGCAUUGUACUGCCAGUACAGGUUGCAGGUGGUCCGGUGGUUCAGGUCCGGCUGUGUGCAGUGGUUACCAUGCCGGUUAUCACUGUCUCUACGGAUACAGUGGAGUUUGACAAAGUGCAGUGUGGCAUGUGUCAGAUAAAGACAAUACAGCUGCUGAACCAUGGGUCUGUGCCUUGUUACUGGAGCAUAGCCGAGGAGGUGAAGCCUUUUAAAAAGGUUGAUAAGUUCAUUCCUAUGUACGAGCGUAAAAAGCUCUUACAGGACCAGCAGUCCCCUGCAGCAGUGUUUGAGAUGGUUCCCUGUUCUGGUGUGCUGUUCCCUGGUGAGCGAGUCAAUGUCCACAUCAAGUUCAGCCCUGAUAAGGAGUGUGCAUACAACAGACAGCUGGAGGUCUGUGUGGCUGACAACACUCAGAAGGUGUUUAUUACAGCUCAGGGUCAUGGUGAAGAACCACAACUGGAGUUCUGCUCAUCUGUACUGGUGCUGGGACCCUGUUUACCUCUUAGCACUGCGACUGAAGCUAAAGUCACAGUCAAAAACCCAUGCUCCUUCCCCAUCGAGUUCUACUCUCUGGAGUUUGACACACAGUACCUCGAAGAAGACAAGAUCCUUCGUCUGAUUCAGGGAUAUGAUGACAACAACAUGUUGCUGCUUCCUCCACGAGUACCUGGAGAGGGUCUACCCACAGAGCUGUUGGACUACUACAAGGACUCCUUUUCCAAGCAGAAAGAUGAUGAACUAAAUGUAGGCUUGGAUAAUAGUGAAGUUAAAAAAGGUGACGCUCAAGAAGAAGACAAGAAGUCAAACCAAAAUGAUGCCAACAUCAAGAUUAGUACAAAAAGUGUGAAACAAGCUGAAUUUGUUUCAGAGUUGACUAAAGAGGCAUUCAGUGGGAGACUGGGAGAGUUAGAGAUGACUCCUGUCUUCAAAGUGAUUGCCCGCCAUAUGGGAGUUGACCUUUCACCAGAGGGACUGGCUGCACGCAAUGGCAGAGGCAUCGCUAUCAUUGUAUAUGGAGCACCUCUGACAGAUAAGAGCAGCACAGCAGCAUCUCUGGCAUGUCAUUAUGGGGCAGCGUGCCUGAAUAUUGAUGCUGUGGUAACAGAUGUGCUUCAAAAUGGUUCUUCACCUGUUAGCCUGUCAGCAAAACAACUCUAUCAUUCUGCAGCUGCAGAAUAUGCUCAGAAAAGAGCUGCAGAAACUGCUCAGACAGGUGAAGAUACCACAGAUCGAGGACCUGCAGCACCACUUAAAGGUUUGGAUCCAAAUUUAGUUCCUGCUUCAGUCGAUUCUGUGGAAGUUCCUGCAAAACACGAGACCACCGGCAGGGAGAAAUCUAAUCUGGAGACGGAAAACCAACACAACCGCUGCCUGGGAGAUGUCCCUACACUCUGCAGUCUCCUGCCUGAACCGCUUCUUGUUGAUAUUCUGGCUGAAAGAUUUCAGUUAAGUGAUUGUCACCGUGGAGUAGUGAUUGAUGAUCUGGAGUCAGUUUAUACUCCGUUUGCAUCGAAUACACUACAAGUUGUUCUCAAGGCACUUAGGAACCGCAAACACAUCUAUGUAGUCAACUUAUCUGACUCAUAUACAGCCCUGAAAGCACGGAAAAGGGUGCAAAGAGAAGCUAAAGAGGCUCUGCAGAGGGAGGCAGCUGAUAGGGAGAAGAUGUGGCUGCAGGAUCUGGAUGACAGUGGAUAUGACACUCUGUCAGCAGAGGAGAAGGCGCAUGUAAUCCAGUGGCACUUAGAGACCUGCAGACAGCAAAAACUCAGGGAACUUGAGCAGAUGGAGAAAGAGCAGGAACAAAAGAGACAAGAGGAGGAGGAGGCAAAUAAGUUGAAAGAAGACUUAAAGAAGAAGAAUAAAAAGGGAGGAAAGAAAGAUACUAAAGAACCAUCAAAGAAGGAAAACUUACUGGAGGGAAAGCAGACAACACAGAAUUUUCAGAAAAUAUCUGUCUGUAGCAACUCCAAAGAGUUGCAUAUGGAUUCAAGAGAACCACAUAAUUUAAAUGAAGUGCAUCAUGGCAACAAGGCUGAUAAUUCACAGGACCAGUCAGAAGAAUCCAAAGCAUUAACUACAGAACCUCUUGAAUCCACAGAUAAACUAGACAAGGAAAAGUGCAUUGUGGAUGAACUACAGACUAAGUUCAAUGAAUAUAAGGAGAUCCAGGUCCAGGUGGAGCAUAUCCUACAGCAAUGGGACCGGGUCCACGGAAUACUGCUGGUCCCUUUCCCCAGUGAAGAAACCUCUGAUGAUGCUUCUGCAGAGCAACAGUUCCCUGCUGUAAAGAAGAAUAAGAAAGGCAAUAGCAAGACCUUUUCUCCAUUGCCCAGUGAGACAGCAGCAUCAGUCGAAACCAUCCACAAGGCAGGAGACAAUGUUUCUCCACCAGAUAUCAUCCCCCACAUUGUCUUAAAUCAAACAGAGAAAGAUAAUGGGAGUCUCACAGUGCUGCUCAGUGACAGCUCCCUACCUCCACUGGAUGAGGUGUUAGAUGACUUGGGGUUGGGACCUAGUGGCCCACCAAUCCCUCCUCCCAUUAGCUUCUCUGUUGUUUCUUUUCCCACACCUAGAGUACAAGCUAAUGCUCAACAGACUUGUUUCACCUUCCUUGUUCCUUCAGGACUGGACAAGGAUAUGGAUAAGGAAAAUAAAGAUUUAGAGAAAGACACACAAGAAUCGUUUUCAAAGGAAUCGGUGUUGAUGCCCUCUAAAAGUCACAGCAAGGAAAGGAGUAAGGAAAGUUCAGUGUCAAAAGACAAGGAGAAAAAAGGUAAAGAAAGUCAUAAAGGCAAGAUAAGAACUCCCAGGAAGACAGAAAAAAAGAUCGCAGAUGAGCCCCUCACUCCUUUACACACUACCUCCACCUCUGAUGUCACUGACCAAGACCACCAUCAAGGAAACUUAGAAGUGAAACGCAGCCAAAGGCAAGGAACACUAACACACAAUCAUUCUACAAACUUAUUUAGUAUCUUUUUUUGUUGUUUGACUUACUUUUGUCUGCUUUUAAUUGUGUGUAGCCUGACCACAUUUCGCUGGGUUGUGCCGGCCAAUGGUGAGGUAGUUCUGAAGAUCUGGUUCUAUUCAGAAUCACCUGGAGAGUUUGAACAAGUCUUCAACUUUGAGCUAGCAGGGACCAGGAAACUCUACCAACUCACCUGCAGAGGGAUUUGCACCUAUCCUUCAAUCUGUAAAGACUACAGGACUCUUUUUGCUCACAGUAAGAAGGUGACACAAAUGAAGGAAAGACCCCAGAAAUCCUAUGUGAUCAAAACAGAAUACUUUGAGUUUGGACCUUUAAUUUGCAGCAAGACCAGAGACAGGUACAAGGAAAGUAGGUAUCCAGAGAACACAGAGAAGCUGGUGAUUCAUAACAACUCAGGUCUGGAGGCAGAGGUCCAGUUUAGUUUCCGGCAUGACACCCAGGCCACUACAUACCUGCUGGACCCCCCAACCAUGACCCUCAGUCCUGACCAAAAACAGGAGCUGACAUUGUGGGCCUACCCAACAAAACAGGGACAAAUAAAGGACUGUGUUAUUUGCCACAUCAAGAACAAUCCUGAGCCUGUGAUCAUUAACCUGUCAUGCUGGGGUGUCCGACCAGAGAUAGAGCUGGAAAGCAGGCAUUUGAACUUUGGCAGGGUUCUGUUGCACAGGAGGGACAGUCGUAGUGUGACAAUGCAUAAUAAGACAGCUCUGCCAGUAUCCUGGAGACUACAGGGUGUGGAGGACCUGGGUGAUGAGUUUGUGGUGCCAAAAGAUCAGGACAUCAUUCCACCGUACUCCUCAUUUCUUUUCAGCAUUAUCUUCAGGCCCACAAAACCAGUCCAUGUAAAGAAGAUCUUACGUCUCGAGGUUUCUGACGUGGAGAAGAUUCUUGGAAUUGUGCAAACUGAAACUAUACAGGUUGUUGCUGAAGCCUAUGAUAUAGACCUGGAAAUCACACCAGAUUACAGUCUGAACUUUGGAAGCAUUAAAGUUUUUGAAGAGGCCAAACUUUCUCUCAAACUGAAAAACAAAGGAAAAUAUGAUUUGGCCUUCAAGUUUUCUUUUAAACAGACUGAUCCGCCUCUGCCAAACCUAGACUCCAUUUUCAUGGUGUCGCCACAGAGUGGAUCUCUACUACCCCAAGAGAAGCCCGCAGUAGUUUCCAUCAUCUGCAGACCUGACAAGGAAGUUACAAUUAAAGAGCAACCCAUCCUUUCUUGCCAGGUGGUUGAACCCAGCAUUGGGAAAGGAGGAGAAACCAUAGGCACUUUAAACAUCAAGGUUUCAGUCCAGUCUCUGUUCUCCAGAUACAAGAUCACACCUGCAUAUGACAUCAACUUUGGUCCACUGGUCUGUGGCUGCAAGAAAAGCGAGAGCCUCACCAUCGAAAACACAGGACUUUUUGAGCUGUGUUUUGACAUCAGUUGCAUGAACACAGAUCAUACACUCCUAGCGAGACCAGGGGGUCCAGGUAAGACGGCACCCAAAGAAAACCUUUCUGCAAAGCCCAGUUGUAAUAGUCUCAAAGCCAGACGAGAGACCUUUCAGAGGACGUCCAGUACUCAGCAGAAUCGCCUCACCAUCGGUGUGUUCUCAGUGUUUCCCUGUACUGGAAGCUUGCAGCCAGGCUCUCGGCAGCUGGUGACCGUGGACUGUGUAGCUGAGCAGCUCGGCAUCUGGAACAAGAGUUUGCUUAUUGAUCUCAGUGGAUGCAACCCAUCAGAUCACCCUGACGGCAUACCAUACAGAUUGCUGGCUGAGGUGUGCAAACCAGGCAUAGUGUUAGACAUGGCCUCCAUCUUUGAGGAGCACCAUCUGUGCCACAACAGCAGCCAACUCUCCUCUGAGCAAUUUUAUCAUGCUGAAAGCAUUUAUGUCCUGGAUGAGAACAAAUUUAUUUUUAAUAAAGUCCUGGUUGGGCGAACUGCUCAGGCCCGCUUCAGACUCACCAACAAGAACAAGGUCCCAUGUGUUCUAAACUUUGCUAUCAGAUAUGUUGGGGCCAAGACAUCUCGAACCGUGGAGGUGUUUGCAUUGUCUGCAACAACACUAAACAUAUCCAGCCAGUCGCAUGCUUUUGCCAUAGUUACCUUCACACCUCAGACAAUCCAGCAGUAUAGUGCUGUGUUUGAAGCCACAAUGGAAGGGCUCGACAGAAUGACGCCAACAUUUAAGAACAAAGUGCUGGAGUUUGACUUAGUAGGAGAGGGCACUCUGCCUAGUGUAUGUGUGGUGCGUCCAGCUCUGAGAAGCAGUGAAGGAAGCCCAGUGCUGAUGUUUAGACGAGUUUUGGUAGGGCGGCAAUAUACUCUACCACUGGUGCUGCUAAAUGAUGGAAAUGUUCCAGCUCAGGUCCAGAUUGACAUGUUGGAUAAACAUGGAGUCUUUGCCCUCAAAGGUGCUCCUGGCAACAUCUGCAGCUCAAUCCACUCCACACAGUUGAAGAACCCCGCUACCUCAGAGCAUCAGCUGGUGCACAGAGCCACUGUCACACUAAAUGUUAAUGAGCUGGGGCAAUUUGAAGUCGUCUUCUGCUCUGACAAACCUCUGAGUGUUAAGGCAAAUAUUUCGGUGCAAGUGAAGGACAACCAGUACAGCAAUUCCACCAUACAAGUGACAGGAGAGGCUUACCAAAAAAUCAUCACUCUGAAUAAAAUCAGCAGGUCAUUGCUGGAGGUGGAUCAAGAAGAUGAAAGAGAAGGUAAUUAUGAGGUCCUGCAUUUUGGUGACUGUCAUGUCCGCUGCCCAUACCAAGAGAGUUUCACCAUGACCAACCACAGUAGCAACCAGGUGGUGAGGUUUGAGUGGCCUUCCAGUGGACCCCAUGUUGUCUUUUCACCACAGGUGGGGCAUCUUCAUGCUGGUUGUUCUAAGGAAGUGACUGUCACCUUUAAGUCCAGUCAACCAGUUACUCUGUCGAGCCAGCUGAUGAAAUGUAAAGUUUGUGAGGUGGAGUUCCAGCAGCCAAUAGAGCAGGUUGCUGACUGGGAUGAUCGACAGAGAACGGUGCAGUGGCAGAGUCUUUUGAAGCUUGUUGAUGUAGAAGCAUCUCAGCAGCCUUGGACCAACAAAGUGGUAAAGACAGAUCCUGAGCCUAGCUGCUCUGUGGUUGACGGCUCUGAGUGGGAGUUGGAUUUGCUGGUCAAUGCAGUUUGUGACUAUGUGAAGUUCAGCUGCAGCACAAACACCAUCCAGUUUAAAGAUACCAUGCUUUUUCAAACCAGGCUCCACCAACUGCAGAUAGUGAAUGUAGGCCGUGUCAAAGUGGAAUUCUCCUGGCAAGUCUUCAUGGAUCCAAGCAGUAGCAAUGCUCACUGUGAUAAAAGAGAUACAACCUUCACCCCUCGGCCUGGGAGCAGGUCAGCAGGAUCACUGCACGGAGCUCGUCCUUCCAGUGCUCUGGCCAGUGUGAUGAGCCUCCUGAUGGGGAACCCUGAGUUGCCUCCUUUCAGUGUGGAACCUAGCAUUGGAAUCAUAGAUCCUGGUGUCACACAGACCUUCAGCGUUUGGUUUUCACCUAUGGAAGUGGCUCUGUUUGAGGGCCGGCUGAUCUGCAGUAUCCCCAACUUACAGGAUGGGAAUCACGCUCCAUGCAUUUCUAUGUGUGGCCGCAGUUUGUUGCCACAUUGCCACUUUGACUUGGAAGACUCAGACUACAUCAGUUCCAACCGCUGCAACCCUCAGUUCAGAAAUCGUCUGGUGUCUGAAAACACCAGAGUUUUGGAGUUCAAAGCUGUUGGCUUUUCAGUGCCAUCAACAAGAUGUUUUGGUGCGUUGAACCCGACCAGUAAGACCUACUCCUUCAAAUGGAGUUGUGAAGACAAAAAUGCCUGUCUCUUCCACUGUCUCACCCUAUGUGGCACCAUCCAACCAGGAAAGAAAGUGGAAAUGUCGUUUGAAUAUCUACCUGAACAGCAGGACCCAGUAGAGUCACUCUGGAGCUUUGAGAUUGAGACUCUUUCAUUGACUAUUCCGUUCCUGUUUGUGGGCACUGCUAGACAACCAAUGGUUUAUCUCGACAGACCUCACCUCGAUUUUGGAGAACUACUUGUUGGUCGUAAAGCAGAGCAGAAAGUGAAUCUGGUGAAUGGAGAAGAGGAGCCUGUUCACUUCUCAGUCAUGCAGUCAUCUCUUCUCUCUGAAGAGCAUCAGUCAAACCUAAUUUUACAGCCCAUAACUGGCACAGUGGCACCCAAAGACAGGCUGUCAUUAUCAGUAUCCUUCACACCUACCUUGGAAGGAGAUGUGAGUUUUAGACUGAAUCUGAAGGUGAAGAGGAAGUCAGAGCCACUCAUGCUAACCGUUAAGGCUGAUUGUUUUGCAAUGACUGCUGUAGUUCAAGUUGAAGAACCAAGUGGGGGUCUAAGAGAUAUACCCUCUGACUGCCAAGAUACUCUAGACUUUGAAAAGGUUGGGAUUUCAGAGAAGUCCACAAUAAAUUUGCUAGUGUCCAAUCUUGCAAGAUUCAUCCUGGGAGUAAACUUUGAAUUAAUGGGUCCCAGAGAGCUGCUCCAGCAUUUAGAGACAAAGCCUCAAACUGCUACUAUUGAGGUUGGGAAGCAGAUGGAUUUGUCACUCUCCUUCUGUCCUCAGAGCAUUUGUAACCUCCAGGAUGUGAAACUAAAUGUGAAGGUGAAGCUUGGACCAACAUUUACCUUUUCCAUUAAAGGACAGGCUGUAGCACCUAACCUUGAAUUCUCCUUCAACAAGUUCAACUUUGGCAAGUGCUUCCUGUGCUGCCCUGGCAUGGAGCCACCCUCCCAGACACUAAUGAUCACUAAUAAAGGCAAACGAGACAUCAGUAUCCACAGCCAGUUCAACAACACUAAAUAUUUUGAGGUGGACUUCCAACCAGAUGUUUUGUCCCCUGGUUGUGUGAUUAAGGUACCAGUCACCUUUUAUCCUCAUGAAGAAUGUUGUUACCAUGAAAAGCUCACCUUCAUCCUGAACAGCUGCAUCACAAAGCAGGUGGAUAUACUGGGACAAGGCAUUGAGCUGAAGUUGGAAGUGGAGGAUCCACGACAGAAGCAGGUGAAACUGGGAUCUCUGACAUUGGGUCAGAAGGUGAAGAAACACAUCGUUCUAGUCAAUCGGAGCAGUGUAGACCUUUCUUUCACACUGAUACACAGCAGAAAUACACCUCUGGAUCCAAAGGAUCUGUCUAUCAGCCCAGCAGGUCAACUGAAACUGAAAUCUAGUGGCGGUUCAUGUAAGGUGGAGAUCCAGUUCUCACCUCGUCAGCAUACUCCUCCCUUCACCACUGAGCUGCAGGCGGUGUUUGCAGGCUUCUUACACCCCCUGCUGACUAUUCAAGGCUGCUGCCAGGGCGUGGAGGUGCACCUAGACCCGAACCACCUGUCAUUUGGCGCUGUGGUCCAGGGCUGCCAGGCCAAGAAGAGGAUUGUCAUGAUAAACACUAGUGACAUUGGUGCCAGGUUCCACUGGAAAACUGAACAUUUCCCUUCAGACUUGUCCAUCUCACCAACAAAAGGAUAUAUCUGUCCAGGGAUGGAGAGUCCCUUUGAAUUCACUUUUGCCCCUCUGGAGCUCAGUAAUGACAUCAGAUAUGAGAAGCUGUCUUGUUUUGUGGAGGGCUCCUCCUCAGCUGUCAUGCUCACUGUCACAGGCUCUUGCAUCACAGCCUCCACAAGCAAAGAGGUGGUGAAUUUUACUUGCCCAGUGCGCAGCUGUCACAUCCAGACCUUGUCUGUGCUCAACCCCACAAACCAGCAUUGCAGCAUCAGACCUGUCAUUGAGGGUGACCAGUGGAGGACUGCAGUAGUUGUGACCUUUGAACCUCAUCAAAACAAGACAUUCAAUAUCACCUACCAACCACUGACCAUGACAGCUGAUGGAAGGAAACACCAGGGAUCAGUCUUUUUCUCCUUCCCUGAUGGAAGGGGCAUGUUAUAUUCCCUUCAAGGAACUGCUGUUCCUCCCAAAGCAGAGGACAACAUUGUCCAUGAGCUGCCUGCCAAAACUCACCACUCGGAGCUGCUCUCUGUAAACAACUGGUUCUCUAGGCAGCAGCGAUUCCAUGUGCUGAUUGAAAUAUUGAAACCUGAUAAAGCGGAUGCUACGGUGUCCCUCAAGGGUCUCAAGCAUAUUGAUGUUCCUGCUCUAGCCAAGAAGGACUACAAUUUGUCAUUUUUUGCAUACAAAGAAGGACAGUACAACAGCAAGGUGACUUUUCUUAAUGAGGCGACAGGUGAGUACUUGUACUACCUGGUCACCUUCAAAGUCACAUCCCCAGGAGUCUUUUCCAUCAUUGAGCUGGUGACAACUGUUCGACGGACAGCCUCGGCAACUAUACAAGUGGAAAACCCCUUGACUACAGCUACCUGCCUCACCACUGAGUGUAAAUGCCCUGAUAUCAGUGCCCCACCUCAGCACACAGUACCAGGACUGUCCAUGGGUGUUUUGAGCUUUGAGUACCAUCCUUUGCAAGAAGGCAAGUCUACAGCACGGAUGUCUCUGUUCAGCAAUGAUCUGGGCCACUUCAACUAUGACCUGCUUCUCAAAGCUCUGCCCCCACCACCAGAGAAAACCGUCCACCUCAAUGCUUCACUGGGUAGCAGCCAGUCUGUCUUUGUUAAAUUCAUCAAUUACUCCCAUUUCAAAACAGAGUACUUAUGUAAGACUGGUUGUCCUGAUUUCAUUGUGGACAGAAGUGUUAGUGCUUCUCCAGGUUUCCCAUCGGGAUCCGAGGCCAGUGUGGAGGUUUGCUUUGAACCUCAUGAGCUGGGGGAAGUAAGAGGCCAGCUCCGGCUGUCUUCAGGACAUGGUGGGGAAUACAUUUUUCCCUUACACGGGGUCUGCCUACCCCCCAAAGCUCAGGGUCCAUUCAUCAUCAAGGCAGGACGCAACAUGACCAUUCCCUUCAAGAAUGUGUUCCUACAGACCACCACUUUUUCUUUUCAGGUUGACAACCCCUGCUUUACUGUAAAAGGGACGGACAACAUCCCCUCCAAAAAAAACAUUAACAUCCUGGUGUCCUUUGAAGCUCCUUCAGGAGAAUCUCCAGGGCCAUGGUUUGGCAAGCUGGCCAUAUCAAGCCAGCGCUCAUGGGGCAACAACAAACCCUGCACAUGGAUAUAUUACUUGAAGGGUCACCGACCUGAGUCAUCUUAGAUCAGUAUAAACACACCAAAUAGCACAGAUUACAAAGCACGGAUAUUUGUUCAGAUGUACACCUUUGUUUUUUUGUUUUGUUGUUUUCUUUUGUAGGUCAUUUAAUUUUUAUUAAUUUGGUUUUAUAUUUUGAAAGUUCAUUUAUCCUUAUUGUAAUGCCAAUGCCAAAACUAUUGGCAAUGUGUUUCAUUAUUUGUCUAGCAGUUUGUACUAGCUUGUUUGAAAAUAUUUCCUACUUUAAUAAAUUCUGCAGAGAAAACCUU